AAAAAUCGCACUUUGUGGUCUUAUCUUGCUGUGCAUUCUGAAAAGGGAGGAUGGAUGAACAAGAAGGGAGCUACGGCGUCCCUUGUCAUCCCUCGUCAACAAUCGAUUCUUCUAAUAUUAAUGAGUCUGCUGAAGAAGUUGGGAACUUGAAAAGAAAAAAUGGCGAGGACCAAAAUAAGGGCUCUCCGAUUAAGGUUAAGGCCUUGUUUUUUGCCAGGGCUCGUGACCUUACUGGCUUGACAGAUAUCUCUCUUCAGAUGCCAUUUGGAAGCACUGCUGGGGAUUGUUUGAGCAAGCUGUUGGCUGACUUCCCAAGCUUAAAUGAAAUAUAUAAUUCCAUGGUUUUGGCACUGAAUGAGGAGUAUGCUCCUCAGUCCACAGUUGUGAGAAAUGGAGAUGAGUUGGCUAUCAUCCCUCCAAUAAGUGGAGGCUAAUGAGAGGCUAAAGAAAAAAUGAAAUCAGGUUUUUUUCCCUCUUUCUGGAUGCUUUUAAAUUGUAACAAUUCUCUGUUGAAUGUUGUAUAUCUAUUCAGGUCUUUUCUUUGAAGAAAUCAAGCUAUAUUUGCAUCUUA